GUCACUAUAAGUCAAAGUCAUUGAUUUUGGUUAUGGCUGUGUUAAAAUUUUCUGCUUUUCCAAUUGAUUUAGCUAAUUAAUUAAAAAUGAAACACUAUAAUCCGUUAAAGGGAUAAUAAAAACCAACACGUCUUCUCUACGAAGCUGUAAAAAUGCCGCAAGUACGGUGUCCCGCAAUAAACAGUCAAUGUCGAAAUGAACACUAAACAUUAGUAAGAUAUGAUGGGCAACACUGAAAAGUACGUUACAAUUUCCCUGGCGGCGUUUUUGUGUUACUGUAACACCCUUUAUGGGUCUUUCGUGUUCGAUGAUAAUGAAGCCAUUUUAAAAAACAAAGACGUGCUGCCUCACACUCCUCUGAUGAAUAUUUUUAAAAACGACUUUUGGGGAACCGACAUCACUCUAAACAGCAGCCACAAGUCUUACAGGCCUCUUACCAUAUUAUCCUACAGGCUGAACGUAUUGUACAUGAAGGAUAAAUUGGACGCGUUUCAAUUCCACGCGACUAAUAUAGUGUUAUAUGGGCUUCUCUGUCUGUUAACCGUGCCAGUUUUCGAAUUGUUUUUGAAGAAAUCAAAGUACGCAACGAACGUCCAUGAGGUUGCAUUCCUGUCGAGUUUACUAUUUACCGUACACCCUGUACAUUCCGAAGCUGUCGCCGGAUUGGUCGGUCGAGCCGACAUCCUAAGCUCCGUGUUAUUUUGUGUGAUAAUUUUGCUGUACCACAAAGUCCGAAGCAGGAAGAUCGAGGGAACCAUCUUGUGGUUUUUGUUGAUUAUUUUCCUAACGACUAGUGCAGUUUUUUGUAAGGAGUCGGCCAUUACUGUGUUGGGUUUGUUGAUUUGUUACGAUGUGUAUAGGGAGAAACGAAAGUCUCUGUCGUGGAGAGACGUGCCCAAUUUCCAGUUAAUGUUAAGAUGCGCCAUAUUGGCCAUUAUAGGUUUAGUAAUAAUGUAUUAUCGUUUGAAGAUAAUGAAUUUCGAAGGCCCGAUUUUCACGGAAAAUGAUAAUCCUGCUGCUCAUGCUCAACGUUUAUUGACAAGAGUAUUUACAUACAACUACAUCUAUUUUUUAAAUUUUUUACUGCUGUUGUGGCCGGAGUGGUUGUGUUUCGACUGGUCAAUGGGCUGCAUACCACUGUUAAAUUCGAUUAGCGAUGUUCGUGUAAUUAUUGUUGUGGUAUUUUGGUGUCUAACAUUGAUCGGAUUGUAUUCUAUACUCAAACAAAAUUACAAAAACCAAGUCUUAGACGCGAGGUUUAUGGGAAUAUGUUUAUUGGUGUUGCCGUUUCUACCAGCAUCGAAUAUGUUAUUCACCGUGGGUUUCGUCAUAGCCGAGAGGACUCUGUUGGUACCGAGUGCUGGGUUUUGUUUACUAGUCGUUAUUGGUUAUAGAAAAUUUCUGAGAUAUACAGACAAUAAUAAAAUUUGUUUCUACUUCUUCUACAGUCUCAUUCUGGUGUUUGUGAUGCGGACUUUUCUAAGGAACAUGAAUUGGCUCAGCGAGGAAAGGUUGUUUUUCUCCGCAUUGGACGUGUGCCCUUUGAACGCCAAAGUGCAUUACAACAUUGCGAAAAUUGCGGCGGAUAACAACAACAAGCAUUUAGCUGCAGAGGAAUACCAAAGAGCCAUCGAACUGAAUCCCAACUACGAGCAGGCGAUGAACAAUUACGCGAAUUUGUUGAGGGAGAAUAAGAAGUUCGGAGAAGCGGAAGUUUUGCUGAGAAAGGCUUUACAAAUAAGACCGAAUUUUGCGGCAGCUUGGAUGAAUUUGGGCAUAGUAUUGACGAAUUUAAAUCGUUCCGAAGAAGCAGAACAUUGUUACAAAACCGCCAUAACGCAUAGAAAGAAAUACCCGGACUGCUACUACAACUUGGGGAAUUUGUAUUUGGAUUUGAAACGCAACGAAGAAGCUUUGAAAGCGUGGGAGCUGGCCGUUUUGUACAGACCGUCUCACGUGGCUGCUUGGAGCAACACUUUAGUGUUACUGGACAGUAUGAAAAAAUACGACGAAGUAUUGCAGCUGGGCCGGACCGCUUUGAUACACAAUCCCAAGGCGCCCGCGUUGCAUUUCAGCUUCGCCAACACCUUGGGCAAGUUGCGGCACUUCGACAAGGCCGAAGGGCAUUUCCUCCAAGCGAUUAGCCUGAACCCUACGAACGGUUUGUAUUAUUCCAAUUUGGGCGUGCUGUAUCACAGGUGGAACAAAAUCGAUAAAGCUCGGCAAAUGUACAAGAAAGCGUUGGAAAUCGAUCCGAAUCUCAAAUCGGCCGAGUUGAAUCUUAAAAAGUUGAUAUCGAAAGCUCAAGAUUACUAAUAAUUUAUGUUCGAAAUAAUUUGUGAUGUAAUUAAAAUGAUUCGAUGUGAAGAUGUAUCUACAGGAAGUAAUGACGAAC